UCGUGGUAUUCAUGUAUUUCUACUUUUGUAUAUGUACAUGAUUUCACUCUCUUCGUCGUUUUCUCUUCAAAAUCCCUCGAAAAUCUCUCAUCACUGUAGUAGUACUUUCCUCGUGUUCUCCAACGCACUCACACACUCUGACACUUCACGAACUCCGUCACACAGAUUCUAUCUCCGAUUAUCCAAAUGGCUCAAACUCGCCGGAGACGAUGAACAGCUCCGGCAAGUUCCAUUACCCGCCACUCGGCAUUAGUUCUAGAAGCGCAAACCCUACACGAGACUCAGAUCUUCAACCGGGGAAGCCGUUUCAUCGCCGGAAACCUAAAACUCCGAGGACUAGGUUGAGAAAAUACGGUGGUUCCGGUGGUGGUGGUAGACGGAGUAGACCGGAAACUCCGCUGUUGAAAUGGAAGAUCCAUGAGAAGAAUGACGAUGUGGUUGAUGUUGACGAGGGUGAAAAGCCUUUGCUGGGGAGAGUAAGUCGGAGGACGUGCCGGGAUGUGAGGAAGCAGACGGAAGUAGGUUCGUCGGUGCGGAGGAUUGCUGCUGGACUGUGGCGGCUUCAUCCGCCGGAGAUGGUAGUCGGUGAUAGUCAGAGGAGGUUAGGGUUUCAGAAUGGAAGUAGUCAUGUUGGACUCCCGUUCCUCGGUCGUCCAAACGGCAUGACUCAUGAUCCUGAUCCGAAGAAUCAUUCUCAAAGUCCUCGAUCUGUCUUUGGGACAAAGAGUGGACACAACUGUGAGCUCAAGCCUUUCCAGUUGCUCAACACUGAAAUGGAGGGUGCUACAAAGUGGGAUCCUGUAUGUCUGAAAACAUCGGAUGAGGCGAAGCAUAUUUAUGCGAAACUUCUUGACCAAAAGGUAAGUACUGUAUCUGUUGUAUCUGCUCUUGAAGCUGAACUACAGCAGGCACGUGCACGCAUUCAGGAGCUUGAAACUGAACAACACUCCUCCAAAAAGAAACUUGAUCAUUUUUUGAAGAAAGUUGGCGAGGAAAAGGCCCAAUGGAGAAGCAGAGAGCACGAGAAAAUCCGUGCUUACAUUGAUGAUAUUAAAACAGAGUUGAAUCGAGAAAGGAAAAGUCGCCAGAGAAUUGAAAUUGUCAAUUCUAGGUUGGUAAAUGAGUUGGCAAAUGUGAAGCUAUCAGCAAAACGCUUCAUGCAGGAUUUUGAUAAGGAGAGGAAGGGAAGAGAACUGAUUGAGGAAGUGUGUGAUGAGCUCGCCAAGGAAAUUGGAGAAGACAAGGCUGAAGUUGAAGCAUUGAAAAGAGAAUCUAUGAAAUUUCGGGAAGAACUGGAAGAGGAGAGAAGGAUGUUACAGAUGGCUGAAGUAUGGCGUGAAGAACGUGUUCAAAUGAAGUUGAUAGAUGCAAAAGUUGCUCUUGAAGAGAAGUAUUCACAGAUGAAUAAACUUGUUACAGAUUUCGAAGCUUUUCUUAAGUUAAAAAAUGUGCAUCUAAACACAAAGGAGAUGAAAGAAGCACAGUCACUUCAACAGGCUGCAGCUGCAAUGAACAUUGAAGACGUUAAGGAAUUUUCAUAUGAGCCUCCAAAGUCGGAUGAUAUUUAUGCCAUUUUUGAAGAUUUAAAUUUUGGCGAGCACAGUGAGAGGGAGAUUGAACCGUGUGUUUCUCACAGUCCUCCUAAUCAUGCCUCCAAGAUCCACACAGUGAGUCCUGAAGCAAAUGUAAUGAGUAAGGAUGGCAUUUCGAGGCAUUCUGAUGUAUAUAUGGAUGAUAAUGGUGAUAUAGAGGGCGAUGAAAGUGGAUGGGAAACUGUGAGCCAGGCUGAGGAUCAAGGCUUGAGUUAUUCUCCUGAGGAGAGUGACAAAUCUUUCAACAAGAACCAACGAGAGAGUAGUGUUUCACGGAGGAGUGUACUCGAAUGGGAAGAAAAUGCAGGUGAGGAGACACCAAUAACUGAAAUUAAUGAAGUAUGCUCUAUACCAACCAAGCAUUCAAAAAAGGCCUCUUCCAUUAAGAGACUUUGGAGGUCAGGUUUGAACAAAGAGGAUAAUUACAAGAUAAUCUCUGUGGAGGGAGUGAAUGGUAAACUUUCAAAUGGAAGGCUAUCCAACGCGAGUAUUGCAUCACCUGACCGUGGAUCAGGUAAAGGGGGGCUGAGCCCUAAUGACCUCCAAUACCAGUUUAGUCCUUCUGAGUCCGGAAGUCCACAUUCACAACGAGGUAUGAAAGGAUGCAUUCCUCGUGGUGCACAAAAGAAUAGCUUGAAAGCUAAACUUUUGGAGGCCAGAAUGGAGAGCCAGAAGAUUCAGUUGCGCCAUGUUCUUAAUCAGAAGAUUUAGAUCUCCGAGCAUAUAAGCAUUGCAUGAAUUGUCCUUCUGGAAUGACUUAAGGGAAGCAAUUCUUUGUCGAUUGUGAAGAAGAUACUAAUAUGCUGCUUAUGUAAAAAAAAAAAAACUGCUCAAAAGAUAUAAGAGGCCAUGAACAGAUUGUGCAUACCCCUUUUAAGCAGAUAUUUUCCUUCCCUUGUGCUAUAAAUAUAAUAUGUUGGGAAAAGACUUUGUAAUAUGUUGAAACUGGUCUUUACUUCAUUGCAUACGGCCUCCUAGAAAAAUUAUGAGAAGCAUUUAACUUGUGAUGUAUCAAUUCUAGUCAUAGAUAAAAUGUCAAUUAAAAACAUAAUUGUCAUAAAAUAUAGAUGAUAGCUUUCUAGAUUUUGAUUA